UCAAUUCUGUCAAAACCAUUGACAUCAUCAUUCAUUUCAUCACCAUUAUCAUUAGCAGAAAAACGAGCCAGUCAACGAAUGCAAUAUAAUUUUGGUCUUGGUAAACGUAUACCAUCAUAUAGAUCGGAUUCGGAUGAAAUACUUGAACUUGUUCCAUCAUCAUCAUCAUCGAAUUUCUUUGAAAAUCCUUCAAUGAAUGGUCGAAGAUCGAAAAUAGAUUUACGGCCAUAUUAUUAUCAAAUAUCAAAUGCUAUUGAUGAUUCUGAUUCAACAAACAUUAAUGAUGAUAAUAAUGAUAAUUUUGAUGAAUUUCAUUCAAAUAUACCGGCAUUUGCACCAUCAUUACAAAAAUCCAAUAUACCGAUGACAUUAUUUUCAUUUUUAGAUCAAAAUGAUAAACGUUCACGACCACAACGAUUUUCAUUCGGUCUUGGUAAACGUUCAAAAGAACAGGCUAUGUUUAAUGGAUUGAAUAAUAAUAAUCUAGAAGAAAAUAAUAAUAAAAAUAAUAAUUUAGAUGAUGAUUUUGAUAUGAAUUCAAUGGAAAAACGUAAAAUACAACCAUAUGGAUUUGGACUUGGUAAACGACAACAACAACAACAACAACAAAUAAAUUCAAAAAAAAUCAAAAAACUAACAAAUUUUGAAGAUUUCAUUAAACGUCGAUAUUCAUUUGGUUUGGGUAAACGUUCCGUUUGAACAACAAUUAUUCGAACAAUGAUGAACGAAUGAAAAAAAUCACACAACAACAAACAAUCACUAUCGAUACAUACCAAAAAAAAAACAAUCGAUAUUUUUUAAGUUGCAAAACUC